UAUUACCUGUACUGACCUCAAUUUCUCCAUCACCCAUUCUCAAAAACGCAGCUUCACACUUGUUCACGGGUUCUAAGAGAAUGGCCACCAAUACAUUGAUGAGCUGCGGCAUUGCCACCGCUUUCCCUUCACUUCUUUCAUCUUCAAAGUCCAAAUUCGCCUCUUCAAUUCCACUUCCCAGUGUCAAUGGCACCUCUCGUGUCACCAUGUCUGCUAACUGGAUGCCAGGCCAGCCUCGUCCACCUUACCUCGAUGGCUCAGCCCCCGGUGACUUUGGGUUCGACCCACUUCGACUGGGCGAGGUCCCUGAGAAUCUGGAGAGAUACAAGGAGUCCGAACUCAUUCACUGCAGAUGGGCUAUGCUUGCUGUUCCUGGAAUUCUGGUACCAGAGGCCCUGGGUCUGGGCAACUGGGUAAAAGCUCAAGAGUGGGCUGCAACUCCAGGUGGCCAAGCUACUUAUCUGGGCCAACCAGUUCCAUGGGGAACCCUCCCUAUCAUUCUGGCCAUUGAAUUCGUUGCCAUUGCCUUUGUUGAGCACCAACGUAGCAUGGAGAAAGACACAGAGAAGAAGAAGUACCCUGGUGGUGCUUUUGAUCCUCUAGGAUACUCCAAGGACCCUCAGAAGUUCGAGGAAUACAAAGUCAAGGAAAUUAAGAAUGGCCGUCUAGCACUGUUGGCAUUUGUUGGGAUCUGUGUGCAACAAACAGCUUAUCCUGGUACUGGACCAUUGGAGAACUUGGCAACUCACCUGGCUGACCCAUGGCACAACAACAUCGGGGACGUUCUCAUCCCUAGAUCGGUCUCGCCUUGAAAAAUCAAAUAUUGUAUUGCUUAUCUACUGUAACCAUCUGCAAUGAAACAGGAUUUCAUUAUCA